AGAGAGAGAGAGAGAUUUGGGGACAAUGGCGAGCGAGUCCGAUGAACGAUACCGAGAAGCGUUGAAGGCGUUAGAGGAGGUGACGGGGGAUGUGGAUGGAGUGCAGGAGAGGGUGCUGGCGGAGAUCCUGUCUACCAACGCAAACACGGAGUACCUGCAGAGGCAUGGGCUUGCCGGCAAGACGGAUAGGCGCUCCUUCAAGUCCAACGUACCUGUCAUCCACUAUGAAGAUAUCCUGCCCGAUAUCCGGAGGAUAGCCUAUGGUGAUCCCUCACCCAUUUUCUCUGCCAAACCCAUCUCAGAGUUCCUAAUCAGCUCGGGUACCUCGGGUGGUGAGCGAAAGAUGAUCCCGGUGGCUGCAGAUAAUUCUGAAAGGAUCUACCAGAUCCGCGGCGUCCUCCUUCCGGCAGUCUUAAACAAGUUCGUUCCUGGUCUGAAUAAAGGCAAAGCACUCUACUUCCUCUUCAUGAAAGCUGAGACUAAAAGCCCAGCAGGCAUUCCCAUGCGCCCAGUACUCACAAGCUACUACAGAAGUUCCCAGUUUCUCUUGCAUGAAUAUCCCAGCAUCCCCCACACUUCCCCCAUCGCUUCCAUCUUUUGCACAGACGUGUACCAGAGCAUGUACUCUCAAAUGCUUCUUGGCCUUGCCUACCGGCUCGACAUCCUCUGUAUUGGUGCAGUCUUUGCACCAAUCUUUCUUCGAGCCAUGAACUUCCUUGAGCAAAACUUCCAUGAUCUUGCAGAUGAUCUCGAGCAUGGGACAGUGAAUGCGCGAAUCACAGAUGCCGCCGUUCGAGCUGCAUUAGAAGCCAAGUUAACUUCAGAUCCAGAAACCGCAGCACAUAUAAGAAAGGAGUGUUCAACUAAGAAUUGGCAGGGUAUCAUAAGGAGGAUCUGGCCAGAGGCGAGAUUCUUGGAUGUCAUAGUUACAGGUGCAACGGCACAAUACAUUCCAAGCUUGGAAUUUUAUAGUGGGGGUCUGCCCUUGGCUAGCACCGGAUAUGCAUCAUCAGAGUCCUUCUUUGGAAUAAACUUGAACCCUCUCUGUAAGACUGAAGAUAUUGCAUACACCAUUAUGCCUAACAUUGCUUACUUCGAGUUUCAGACCUACAAAUCACAAGAAAAUGGUGGCCAGGGUGAAGAGGAAGAAAUCGAGCUUGUGGAUUUGGCUAAUGUUGAGGUUGGAAAAGAAUAUGAGCUAGUGGUAACCACUUACUCUGGUCUAUACCGUUACAAAAUUGGAGACAUCUUAAGAGUUGUGAGGUUUUACAAUAAAGCACCAGAGUUCAAAUUCGUCGGCCGGAAAAAUGUUUGCUUAAGCCUUGAAACUGACAAAGUAGAGGAGAUUGAAUUGCAGAACGCCAUAGCAAUUGCGGAGUCCACUCACCUUACUUGGCGUAACACAAGAGUUCUCCAGUACAGCUGCUAUACAGACGUUAAGACAGUACCUGGACACUAUAUUUUAUAUUGGGAGCUCUCAUCAAUGAACGAAAGUGAAAAUCUUCCACAAAAAUCCAUCAUCGAGCAAUGUUGCUUGACAAUUGAGGAGUCAUUGAACUCAGUUUAUAGGUCAAUGCGUGCAUACUACAAAAAUGCUGGGCCAUUGGAGAUCAAGAUUGUGAAGAAUGGCACGUUUGAUGAACUAAUGGAAAAUGCCAUUGCUAAAGGCAGUUCUGCAGAUCAAUAUAAGCCUUCGAGAUGUGUCAAAUCUACAGCAAUCCUGGAACUGUUAGAUGCAAGAGUUGUAUCUAAUUGCUUCAGCCCAGGUGUUCCAAGCUGGUCCCCGGUGCCGCGACAUUUUUAGAAGGCGAAAGAAACUAUGACUACCAAAGCUCUUUUUUCAAACAAGUGGAAUGUGUUCAGCCAGCAAAAUUUGCUUGUGUUGGAGAUGACUUCUCAUGGUGAUUAAUAAACAUAAACUUAUCAUCUUUUCUUC